GGCACCGGCAUCUCCUCCGGCACGGCCCCGCCGCGGCGGGCGGGCUCCUGCGGGGCAUCCUCCAUCCCUGCACCUCCCCUCCAGUGUUGCUGUUGUCUGUGCUGGGAGCUGGGUAGGGAAGCCCUGGGCAGAUCUGCCAGGUAUCUCCCCAUCUGUGAAGAGAUACAGAAGACAGAUGAAAAAUCACCCUGUCUUGAGAGUGACAUCUGCAUUUGUGCAGUUCUUGCUUAAUUCUGGAUUUUGCCAUCCAAGGAUUAUCUUCCUGGGUCGUGACGAUUUAUUAUCUGUUUGUGUUCAAUGGGGCAACGGAUUCACUUUGUGGUUGACCCUCAGGGUUGGUGCUGCAUGGGCCUAAUUAUCUUUGUCUGGCUGUACAAUACAAUCUUCAUCCCAAAGGUCAUCCUUUUUCCUCAUUAUGAAGAGGGAAAUAUUUCAGUUGUGGCAGUUUUCUGUUAUUACUUCUGCUCAUUGUUUUGUGUAGCUUCAUUAUUUAGAGCCUCAGUAGCCGAUCCAGGAAAACUACCUGAAAAUCCAGAGAUACCAAUUACAGAACGAGAACAUUGGGAGUUAUGUAACAAGUGCAAUAUGAUGAGACCAAAGCGUUCACACCAUUGCAGUCGCUGUGGACAUUGUGUGAGGAGGAUGGAUCACCACUGUCCAUGGAUUAAUAAUUGUGUUGGUGAAGACAAUCACUGGCUGUUUUUACAGCUGUGUUUCUACACCCAGAUCCUUAGUUCCUAUACGCUGAUACUUGACUUCUGCCAUUACUACUACUUUUUGCCUCUGAAAAAAGAAAACUGGGAUGUGUUUGUAUUUAGACAUGAACUUGCUCUCCUAAGAAUAUCUGCCUUCAUGGGUCUAAUAAUAUUAGGUGGAAUAAGUCGACUCUUUUACACUCAGCUAAUGGGUAUUUUCACUGACACUACAAGUAUAGAAAAAAUGUCUAACUGUUGUGAAGACAUAUCGAGGCCCCAGAAGCCGUGGCAGCAGACCUUCUCAGAAGUUUUUGGCACUCACUGGAAGAUCCUGUGGUUUAUUCCUUUCAGGCAGCGGCAACCACUGCGAGUUCCCUACUACUUUGCCAAUCAUGUCUAAACAGAUGGAUGGUGGGCACAGAUGGGCCCUCCAUGCUGGAAGUUCAUUACAGGUUUUAUGAUAAUAGGACUGUGACAGUCUUCAAGUCAAUUAUAAUCCAGUCAUAGGCAUCACAGUGUGCCCCGGGCAUUAUUUUAGUUAUGGUCUUGAUUUUAUUCUGAAAUUAAGGCAAGUUAAACAAUCAACUUACAGCUUAUUUGCUUUCAAACUAGCUUUCCAAAGAGAUUCCUUUUGUCUUUGAGGUUAAUACCAAAAGCAAACAACUGGAAAGUAGUCUUCAUCCAGUUUGAUACUGGCUCUUUUUUCUUUUCUUCCUUUUUCUUAUUCAUUUCUUUUUCCUUCUGUUUUAAUUUUUGUGUAGAAAGCACUGAAGUUUACAUUGGUGGUUAGCUUUCUCACUAAGUGUCUUAUUUUGCUUUGAAUUUUUUUUUAGGGUUUUGAUCAGUAGGUCAGUCUGGAUAAUGAUAAUGUCUUUUUUCUGCUGCAUAUGUUUAAAAUUCCAUGAUUCCAUGAGUUAUUUAUGAUAUGCAAAAGUAAUCCUGCAGCCCUGCACUAUAAAAGGUAACAUUGAAAGCUAAAGCAGAGUACUUCUCAAGCCUUUCUUAGAGAGGUUUUGUAGAGGCACACAAAUGUGUGUGUUUACAUAGAGGACAGCUUACAGUUAUCUUCUGGCCUAGAUAUGAUGUUAGUGAAAAGUGUUCAUGUCUUUAUGUCAGUGAGAGGGAUUAACUAUUUCAGGGUAAACUAUGCAGAUACUAUGCGUGUUUUCCCUAUAUCCCAAGGAUUUGAAUCAGCAAUAACCAACAAAAAAGUUGCAUGGUGCAAAUAUUAGAAUUAUUACUUUUUAAAAAUAUAGAUGUAGUUAGUUAGCAUAAUGUGUCAUAAAGAAGAGUAUAUUGUCAAUAAAGUUUAAAAUUUUAUAUUUACUUUUCUUUAGUCUUGAUUAGCUGGAAUUGGUCUGUUUGUAUAUUUUAAAUAAAAUUAAAUAAUAUUUAUAUAUAUUUAUAGAUUUGCUAUUAACACAAACAUUGAAGUAUAUAAACACAUUUAAUAGGGUACUAUGUUGAUGUUGAUGGCUUUUAAGUUGGAAGUAGUUAACCAAAGAAAGCAUCUUUCAGAUCUGGUAAAAUGAUAAUUAUUUCCAAAGUACCAGGUCGGUCUUCCUGUCUCUGAAAAAGUUAUGUACUUACUUCAGCCCUCUGUAUCUAUACAAAUGUUAACUUCAGAUGAUUGUGAAAACUACUGUGGAUUUCUAGGAGAAAGUCACAACUCAGUGUUUCCAGUUAUUCUGCUUACUGUGUUUUUUGAGUAGUCUAACAGGACUAGGAUCCCCCUUAAAUAACAGCCAUGCAGCAGGACACAAUAAAAGACACAAAGUCAGGAUUUUAUACAUAUAGAUUGUGCAGAAAGUAAUAGUUUAUUUGUGAACAGUAACUUCAAAAAAGAAGGGUAAGAUUUUUCAUGACUGGUGUUUGCAAAAAAUUUUUAGAUCAACUCUCUUAAGGUCUUAGUACAUUUACUGCCAAUGUUAGGUGUCCCUUUAUUGAAUUAACAGAUUUUGAUCCACUAAAAGUUCCAGGAAGUGCAUCUGAAAAAUCGCUUGAACUGUAAACGUUUGUAAAUGUCUAACAUUUGAUCCAACUUUACUUUUCUGUCCUAUUAAAAAUAGAUGCAGUGUUUUCUUAAUUUAAAUUUCAAGCCUAAUGUUCAGCUAUUUUUCUUUUUUUUUUCUCAUGCCAGUUGUAGUGAGGUUAGACUUUCUUUCAAGUGGUAUUGGCAUAUUGGCAGCAAUUUAAACAAAAAAGAGCUUGAGGAAAUGGAUGAAAAGACUGAAGCAGUGCUUGAAAUUGAAAGGAAUCUGGAUAUACAUAAUAAAGUAAUGGCUCUAUUAUUGUCUUUUCCUUCCCCCCACUAUUUUAGUCUCUGGAAUAUACAGGGAAAUAAUAUUUCAUUUUCUGUGCCAAUAUUUAAAUGUUUCAUGAGCAAAGAUGUUUCGAAGUUUUUAAUGCUAUUCAGUUGUCAGAGCAGAUUGUACAGUUCUGAAACUUAUUCAGAAAAAGAACCAAGAAUUUAACUAUUUUUGAUAUAUUUAUCAUGGGGCAUAUAAUUGUGUGUUCUGCUUCCCAGUAUUACUGUUUCAGGCUGGAGUAUGAGUUAUACUUUCCAGCAAGUGAUGUCCGUGAAAAUCUUGCCUGAUUCUCAAACAAAAGUGCUAAUUUCACAAAUUCAUUUUCUCAAAUGUUCCCAUGUUGUUUGAUUUCCUUUGAAAUUUACUUUUCCUCAGUCUCCUACUCAUCAUAACUGAUAAUAUUCAUAAUAAUUGAUAAUAUCAUAAUUGAUAGGCAUCAAUUUGCAACAUGAUUAAGCCUGCUCAUUUUUGUCCCUUUUUCUAAGUGUUUGGGGGACAAAGGGGGGACUUUGGAGAGUCUUGAAAUUUUAGGAGGUACUAAACUUUAUUCUUUGAAUGAGAGGCAUCUAAAAUGGUAAAAGUAAUAAUUUUUUUCUUAAUUCAGCUGAAGGACCCUAUCAUGUUAUUAGUUUCUCCAAGUAAUGUUUCUGAAACUAAUUCUCAGAAUGAGUUGUUCUGCCAGGAAAAAUCAGACUUUUAUCAACAAAUUAAAAUCUUUCAGACCUUGAAAUUCUUGAAUCCUUUGAGCCAUCGUUUUCUUUUCCUCCAUAGAGAAAGAAAGUCUUCCUUAGAAUUCUUUCUUUUAGUAGAAACUGCAAUUUUAAGACUGAUUAGUGUUUGUCAUGUUUAUGCAUUUAAAAAAAUCUUAUAGACAGUGUUACUAAAUUUCAUCCUAAUAUAAUGUCAGAACAACAUGUACUUUAUUAAGAAAAGUGAAUCUUAUCUUCUGACUUGGCAACAUUUGAUUUCCUGAAAGGCACAAAGAGAACUUGAAGAACCAAUGAACUCCUCCCUGAAAAAAUUUGAAAGUAGCUGGUUUAUUUACAGUGUGGGAUAACUUCUGGUAGGACUGAAAAAUGUUAACUUGCUAUCUUCUCAUAAUCAGAGAUUUGAGAUUUCAUUUGAAAAAUGCUGAUGUCUAAAAUAAAAGAUAAUUUAUUAAAUAAUAUCUGUGAAUCUGUCCUCUGAUCUGUUGCUUUGAAGGAGAGAUUCCAUCACACAGCUGGUCUAGAAGUUCAUGUACACAAAAAUUUUCAGUCUUGAGCAGGAGUUAUGAGUCUAGAAUUUUCAUAUACAUGGAAUUUUAAGAAUAGAUUUUUCUAUGCAUCUGUCUUCAUUAAUAUAUUUAACUUUUAAAAUAUGUUUUGAACUGUCCUUAAGAUAUUCCUGAGAAUUAUUUUGACUAAUUGGUUUAUAAAUACAUGGUUAAUAAAACACCAAGUGGAAUGUCAUGUAUCCUGGUUUAUCACCAGUCAGCAGUUAAGCACCACAGAGCCACUCAGUCAUUUUCCCCCAGCAGCAUGAGGGGGAGAAUUGAAAGAGUAAAAGUGUGGAACUCUUGGGUCAAGAUAAAGACAAUCUAUAGGUUUGAUAGGUAAACCAAAAGCCAUACAGGCAAGCAAAGCAAAAUAAAGAAUUAAUUUACUGCUUCCCAAGGUCAGGCAGGUGUUCAGCCAGCUGUAGGAAAUCAGGGCUGCACCACAUGUGACAGUGACUGGGGAAGACAAACACCAUCACUCCAAACAUUCAUGUGUUCCUCCUUCCCCCAGCUCUAUUUGCUGAGUGUCACACCAUGUGCUGUGGAAUAUCCCUGGAGUCAGUUGGGGUCAGCUGUCCCACCUGUGUCCCUUCCCACCUCCUUGUGCACCCCCAGCCUCCUUGAUGGGGUGGUGUAAGGAGCAAAAAAGGCCGUGCCACUGUGUUUCCUUCUGACUCAGCUGUAAGGAAAGAGUUCCUGUGCUAUCAACACUCUUCCCAGCACAAAUCCAAAACACAGCCCUGCAUUAGCUCCCUGAAGAAAAUUACCUCAUCCCAAACCAGCAGACUGGGACAGAUCGUGUUGUUUGCAUUCAGAAUCCAGGACAUUUAAUUGUUCAUGUUACCAUGUUUAGUUUAUGAGAAGCUCAACAUGACUUGAUAAUGUGUGCUUUCAGCACAGCAAAUCACCUGUUCCCUGAGCUGCAUCAUAAGAAGUGCAGCCAAGAGGCUGAGGAAGGUGAUUUUCUCCCACUAAGAAGUUGAAUCUAGUUCUAAAUUAGUUGAAGUAUUAGGAUCUCAAAAGUAACAGUGUGGUGCUGAAUGGUGGUCGGCACUGCUUUUGGGAAGAACAGGUACUUCUAAAUACACCGUCCAUACUUAGGUAACACACUACAUGACUGGAUACUUCAGAAAACGUUCCUCAAAAGAUUUUUGUACUACUUUCUCGCUGGCUGAGUAUUUGCCCUUAGGAGGCAUUGAAAUACUUGUAUCUGUGGACUGCAUAAGGCCUAGGAUUUCAGUUCUGCUGAAAUUAUCCAGUGGCAUCUUGUGCCUUGGCCAGGCUAUGGCAGAGUGGUUAAAACCUCUUGUAGCAACAAGGGCCAUCUAAGUAUCAACUGUGUAACUUAUAUUUACAGAGGUUUUCAAGUUAGAAAAUAAGAAAUUUAACUUCUAAUUUCUGAACGCUUCUGGGUGUUUCAACGCACAUUCUCUGGACUCAUCUGUAUAUCACAGUAGUUUGCAGACAGAAAAUUAUCACUCUGUCUCUAACAGGAAAAAGAGUACUGAUUUUUGUAAACUAGCAUUCUGAAUUUUGUAGCUGAAACAUGGGCCUGUGAUUGAGUUUUAUUCAUUUGUUUUUAGUUUGAUCUUGACUAUUUUUAAAUAAUGCUGAAUGAAGUUCCUACUAGAGUUGAAAAUUAUGAGGUCUAACCCUGGUUAUGCCUGAAUGGUAAUGUACAACGUGAAUGACUGAAUAAUAAUCAGAACAGGAAAGCUUACUCUGGUAUUCUUUUAAUCAAAUCUGAAAAUGGAUGAGUAUGUUCAGAUGAUAAGCAAUGUAAUUUUUAAAUUUAUCUUUGUUAAUUUUAU